CUCAAUCCCAUUUAUUUCGUUCUUGAGUUUUGGAUGACGCGGAUGUCGGUGCGCUAUAAUCGCUGUUAUUACAAUCAACAACAAAAACAACAACAAAUAUUGAAAAUGAAAUGAGAAUGUAAAACACCCUUUUUAACAUUUGGAAAUGUAAACACUGUUUAAAAACCCUAAACUACUGCUAUUUAAAAUAAGUGAAUUUGUGAAUACUAUCGGCAAAUCAAAUCAAAAGAAAAAGUACAGUGAGAAUAAAGCAAUGAAAAAUAUUUUGAAAUCAAUGAGAGAAUAAAGAAAAAACCAACAAAGUUUUUUUUUAUGUAUUGAAAAAUUGCCGCUAAAUUGUGUAAGCAAAGCAAGAAAAAAAAAACAGCUGAAAAAUAUCUACCACAUGAGAAAAAUACAACUACAUAUGUGUGCGUGUGUAUAUGGCGAAUGCCAGCUGUGAAUACAAAAGGAAACUUGAAAAAGUAGAAAAAAAAACACCGAAAAUUCGCCGCAACAAAUAGGGCGAAUCUUAGCAACGACGACGUCCGUCAACAAGAGAGUCUCAAUGAAUAAGAGAGAGCGUCAUUUCAUAUGAUAUGCCAGAGAAAGAGUGAAAACAAAACGGAAAAAACGUCAUCUUGAAAUUAAUUGAGGUUCUUAUUUAAAAAGAAGAAAAAAACCAAGCCAUUCAAUUAAAUAAAAAAGUGAAAAUUUUCUAUGAAAGGAAAACAAAUAAAACCGUGAUUAAUUAUGCAGCGAAAGAAUUGGAAAAUAACAAAAUAAUACCAUUGAAAAUAGUAUGCAUAAAAUCAUUGAGUGUAAGGCAUAUUAUUAAAAUAAAAACACGUGGUUUUUCGUUGAAGAAAAUAUUUUUUAAUUUAUACGAAUAACACUCAACCACCGGACUUUUAUUCAUAGUUCAAUUCCCUGAUUUGUGGUGUUGUGGACAAGCAUAAAAUGUCUUCGAACGUUCCUAUUAAAACCGAGGAAGUGAUAUUGGAAAAUGUUGAAUAUCAAAGCACUGAAGAAUUGGAUGAAGAAUUGCAAUUACAAUUGGAAGAUUCCGGAGGUGAAUCGUAUAUAAUACAGGGCGAACAAUCAUAUGAACAUCAUCAUCAGAGUGGCGGUGGCAUGUCAUCACCAUCAUCUAAAAACUUAUCACGUCAACGUCACAACAGCAGCGGCAUCAGCAGCAGCAACAACAACAUGUCAUCUCAAGGCGGUACAAAAUUGGCAUGCGGUACUCUGCCACCCCCACCAUCGGUCAAUAAAACGACACUAGAGAACGAGAAGCGAAUACGUCGUGAAAUCGCCAACAGUAACGAACGAAGGCGUAUGCAAAGCAUCAAUGCUGGUUUUCAAAAUCUACGUUCACUAUUGCCAAAGCACGAAGGAGAAAAAUUGAGUAAGGCCGCUAUCCUACAACAAACGUCACAGUACAUCUGCGAGCUGGAAAAUCAGAAAACACAACUAUUGGCACAAAACAGCCAACUGAAACGUCAGUUGGGACAACAUGAAGCAACAGGUGGCAGCAACAAUGCCUCGGGCGGAAAUAACAUGGACAAUACAACAACAAAUCCAUCGACAGAAAAUAACCCCAACAUAGCCAUUAAAAAACGUAAACUAACCGAUAAUGUGGUGGCCAAUGCACAAACAAUAAGCGAUUCAUCGGAUGAAGGUCUCGGCUCGAUGUCACCCGAACCUAUGACCCUGUUAAAUGCUGCCGGUGGCGGUAGUGCUGCAGUGGUAGCUGCAGCAAAUGCAGCCGCCAAUGCAGCCAAUACAAAAGCUCAAAUCCUUUUAGCCCAAAAUGUCAAAGAGUUGACGGAGUUGAAGGAUCAAUUGUUUAAGGAGCGACGUCUGCGUACAAUGUUGGAGGAGGAACUGCAAAUGAUUAAGAGACAGUUGUAUUCGGUGGCAACAGCGCCGCAACCCAGCGCUGUAGUCGAAGCCGACGAAACAGAUGGCGCCACCACCUACAUUCCCCGCGAAGUGAUCGAACACACCGGUAAUUUGCUGCGCGGUGAAGAGUGCGAGGAGUUUUCAUAUGUCGAAAUAGACGAGCUGACGGGCCAACAACAGGUGGUUGUUUGCUCUAGCAUUGAAGAGUUAGAUAGCGAAACUGCUGCCGCCGAAAUCAUCACCGAAGAUCAUGUCCACGAGGAGGUGGUCUUGUCAUCAUCAUCCACAGAAUCCGAGCAAGAAGUUGCUGUUAAUGCCAUAGCCAAAGUAUAUGCCGAAGGUAGUACACCAACUCCCGCCAUGUUACAGCCAAUUCUGCAGGCUGCCAUUAAGGCAACACCCAAAGUGGAGGUGGAACGUAUAUCAGAUGCUGCCCUUAAAAAGGUGAAAACCGAGAAGAUUGAACAGACAAGUGGUUUGACACGUUCACGGCAAAAUCUCGAAACAAUUGUGGAGGCAAUACGCCAUCUGGAGGGUGAUCACCUCUUCACCGACAGCAAUGGAGAACAACACAAGGUGGUGCUACAAACCCAAGCAGUGCGAGGAGCAGGCGGCCAGGAAGUUCCUUUGGCCUUGACCACCAAACAACAUGUGGUGGCCCAACGUAAAACGUUGGCCGAGCUAAGGCCGUUUCUACAACUGAAGGGUGGUAGCAAGAUUUUGAUUGGCGGUGCCGGUGGCAGCACAGCACUCACCUUGACAAAAACAACAGUUCCCAGCAAAUUGGCAGCCACCUCCACAGGCAGCAGUAGCAGCAACAGCAGCAGUACGGUGGUAUCACAAAAUAUCACACCCACCGCCAUUUUCAAAGUUCAGACAAAUUCAUCAAAUGCCGCAGGCGGCACCACAACCAUAACACAUGGCUGUGCCACCACAACAACAUCAAGUGGUGGUGGUGGUGGAACAGGCUCCAUAACCACCACAGCACUGAAACAAUGUCGUCCCGGUGUUAUUGUGGCAAAGAAACUGUCUUGAUUUCGCGGCCAACAACAACAAAAGCAGCAGCAUGCAUUACACGAACAUGCAAAUGCCGAGGAUCAUAAUAAAGCCGAAAACGCAGUAGAAGAAGAUGAAGAAGAGGAGGAAGUAAUAAAAGGAAUUCAGUUAAAUAAUGCAUUGCAAAAGAAUAGUGAAAAGGAAGAUUUAGUUAAUAAAAUCCCCCAAUUGGUAGUAGAGGGACAUUAUGAUGAGAAUUUAACGACAAAUGAUGGAAUUAAUAUUGAAAAUGAUGAGAGCCAUGAUGAAGAUUACGACGACGAUGAUGAUGAUGAGAAUGACAAAACCCAACAACACGAAGUCAUGUAUAAAAUAGAUGAAAUCUUUGAAGAAAUUUUAAUUGAAGCAGAAGAUAUUGACACAUUGUCGUCGCCGUUGCCGUCGUCUUUGGCAAAACUGUUCAAAUCGAAUAAUGUAAACAAUUCUAAUUCUAAUAAUUGUAUGAAUCAUACAAUAUCAGCGACCACAAAAACAACACCAUCAGACAACAUACAACAACAAAUUGUAUCCAAUCAAAUCCUUACACUUUCUACAUCCCAUCCUUGUCCUCCUCCGCCUGCUUCUCAAGCCCCCAGCAUCAUCAACACCAGUAACACCAAACUGAUGAUGAUGACGAAGAAAUCUUUGAAGAAAACAACCAACAACAAUAAAUUAAAUACAAUACCAUGUAUUUUGAAACAAACAACAACGGCAAACACUACUCCUUUAAAAACUAAAUAUUGUAUGAGUAAUUCUAGUAGUUUAAAUAAAAAUAAUAAUAAUAAUAUUCAUAAGUUGUUUAAUAAUACAAAUAUUAAUAAUAAUAUUAAUAAUUAUUCUAGUUUUAAAAAUAAUUCUAAUAUUAAUAAAAAUAUUGAUAAUCUUAAGUUUAGUAUUAAUAAAAAUGUACAUUUUUUAAAUACUAUCGGAAAAAAUAAUAAUAAUAAUAACAACAACAACAAAAACUAUAGUAAUAAAUUUACAAAACCCAAUUCUAUUAUUGCAACACCAGCAGCAGCCACAGCAUACAAAAACAAAAUGAAAAUGAUGGCAGCAAAACCAUCUACAAUUAUUACAACUGCAACAAAAAAUUACAACAAAAACAAACAACAACAACAACAUCAGUCUGUUUCUUAAUAAUGAUGAACGAUUAUGUGCAUCUUCCCAUUGGCUUUUUAAUGAAUGGGACACGGACAACACACGUUUUAAACAAUUCCCAAAGCCAAGGGAUGUUCCAAAAGAAUUCUUAAAUUUGACCGUUUAAUUAAUUUAAAUUUCAAAAUCUCGCUUAAAUUUUUAUCAGGAUUUAGAUAAAACAAUUUUGUUACAUUUACUACACAGGUAUUUUUUUUUUCUAAUUUGAAAUCCAAAAAAUAAACAAAAACAUUCUGAUCUUUACAAAAAAUAAA